AAAAAAAGUGAUGAAAAAAACGACGGAUGAAGAUGCGAGAGCUUUAGAGCUUAAUUCAGCAAAAAUAUACUCUUAAUUUUAUUCUGUUUAUCUGUCCAUUUUACAAUUCUAUUAAACUGCUUCUGAUCUCUUAACUGUCUUUUAUGAUUAGCAUUUCCCUUUAAUCAUAUUGAUCUAUAACAACCGAAAGUAAAUUACCUUAAUGAUUUCUCUGUACAUACUGGCAAUAAACCUUUUGUUCAACUCCUUUUCUUCCCUCAUCUUCACAUAAACUUCAACUCAUGACCAAAUAUAAUUGACUUCAUACUUGGAAAGGAAUUAAGAGACUGCUUCCAACGCUAGCCUGUUAUUUCAUGACCGAACCAAAUUUCUCAAUGGUUCACAAUACAGAGUUGUGUGAAGAAGAGAUUAUCGAUGGUUUUGCAAUAUACGCCUUCCUCUCAUACUCAGAUUGUGAAGAAUCUGCUAGGCAGCAAGAAGGUUCAGAUGACACAGAGGAAGAUGAAUCCAUUGGUGAAUGUAGCAGGACACCAAAAAGCGCCGGAUCCUUUAGAUAUGUUAGCAACUAUAGACAGAGACGACGAUCUAGAAGUGAUUCACGAAGCUCCAUGGGAGACUCAUCUAAUCUUAAUGGAUCUUUGUUUUUAGAGAGCAAGAAUAACAAUGUUUAUCAUCGAUCUGUUCGCAGAAAGAAACCUGGGCGACCUAGAGGAUCCAUCGGUCGUCAUAAAGUUCCGAUUAAGCAUCAAAUUUUCUCUGAUCUUUGCAAUCCCACAGUUGAUACUCAUCAAUUGAGUUGUCUUUAUGAUGAUUACUUACAAGAUCGUUUGAGAGAGGAGGAAGAAAAUAAAUAUAAAUAUGCAGUGCCCAUAUCCAUGGAUGAAAGUUAUGUCAACUCAUCUCUUAAUGCUUUGGAUUCAAGUUACAUCAAAGAAACUCCAUGUAUCCAAAUCGAAAACAUAAAGAAAGAGCUUACACCUGAUAUCGAUGUGGCCGGUGAUUCUGAGAAUAAACAAGAGUCGCCUAGUAAACUUUCAGUUAUAGCAGAAAGUGAUGCUGAUGUGAUGGAAAUGAGCGGUAAACAAAAAAGAGAAAUUAGAUUACCUGCUCGAUAUCAUCAACCAGGACAUUUAAUGGGUAGUCAAUGGGUUAUGACGGAACAUAAUUCAGAUGAUAAAUUACCAAAAAAGAGGAUGAGACUUGAAGGAGUCUUUGAUGCAAAGAAUUCUCAUUCUUUAGAACAAAAUAUAAGAUCCUUUACACUUUCCUCUGAGCCAUCAGCACAUCUCUUGCAACAAGAUCAACCUCAUAGAGAUUACUCACAAAAUCAAGAACAGUUACCACCACAGCACCAACCCUUACAACAGUAUCAACCUCUGCAACAACAACAGGUUCUUCAGCAACAGCCUCUACAACAACAACCUUUACAACAACAACCUUUACAACAACAACCUCUACAACAACAGCCUCUACAACAACAGCCUCUACAACAACAUCCUCUACAACAACAACCUCUUCAGCAACAACCUUUACAGCAUCAUAUUUUACAAUUGCAAUCAUUGCAGCAAAAACCACUAUUGCAGCAAUUUAUACCUGUGCAUCAAUUGCUACAUCAAACAAUCCAACAAGCUCAACAGCAAGAAUUGCUAAACCAACCGCUCCAGUAUCAAUCGCAUUUGAAACCUCUAUAUUCCUGUGAAAACCAAAGAAUCAUCCCUUAUAGCGCGAUUACAAUUAAUUUAGAUCGAACAAAAGAAGAAGAGAAGUCAUUAUCUUCAGAUCUCUACCAUGAGUCAAGAGAAAGUGUGACAAAUGUUAAAGAUGUACCUAAACUCAGCUCCACGAACAAAGUUUGUCCGUCACACUUUUCUCAGCUAAGACUACAUCAUGAGAAACUAGAAAGGAUCCAAUUAUUAAGAAAACAGCAAGAAAUAGGGGUAAAAAUGAGAGGAAAUACGUUCGAUGCGAUAACCGAAAACAUCUUGAAGGAUCAUCCUUAUGUCAAUCAGAAUGUUUAUCAAAAUGUUUCUCAAGCUAUAAAUAUUGUUUCACCUACUAUACAAAGUGUUACAAACAACAUUGUGUUGAUACCAUCAUCAAGCCUCUCAUCUUGCAGUAGUAUCAGUCAUUUUAACCAGCAAAGUUUAUCAACUACAAAUGACAGCUUUAAUGAAGAACAAUCGUCAAAUAACUCAUCUAAUCCUAACAUGGACACUAGUGAUCCACAAAAGAAUGCUAAACUUCAAGAGCUUCGUCAGUUAUACAGAGAUCUUUAUUUUGAAAAUAAACCAGAACGAAGGUUAAUUUAUGCCAAAAGUCGGAUUAAACCUCGAGUGAAUAAAAAAGCAGAGGUUGAAGAGGGUAUACGAGUCAUUGAAAAGUUAACUAAACGUGAAAAACAAUUAGAAUAUAUUAAAACAUUGUUGACUAUGUGGAAUAAAAAAUUAACCUUAGCUGCUAAAGUGAUAAGUGAUAAAGGUGUGAUUCCUAAAGCUAUUGAUGUAGUCCAAGAUGUACUUAAGACUUAUCAAACGAGCAAAAGUUACAGGGUGACUGAGGCAUGGGAUACAAUGAACAAAUCAAAAACAUCUUCAUUGGUCAAUACAAUAAAUACCGAUUCUUCUCAAAAUGACAUCAAACCUGAGCCUAGUUCGAGAUCAGAUGUUUCUGUUAUAAAAAGUACUGGUUCAACAGUUAACAGAAUUGUUGUCAAUCCCCCAUCGCAUCCCCAAAAUUUCAGGAAUCGAGUAAUAAGUAUGGCUAUACUUGAUAUUUAAUUAAAUGCAUAAAACAUCAAUCAUCUUUUUUAAGUUACACCAAUGUAAAAUGAGAUUGCAAAUGAAAUUAAAUCAAAAUAAAAAAAUAAUAAAUGUCAAGUUAUAUAAUCCA